UCGCUCUGAUUGGUCCGCGCUCCCAGGGGCGGAAGUUGUCCUCUGCUGUAAUGGCGGAGGUCAGUCGUAAGCUGGGAGCCGGACUCCACAAACUCUCCUCUCUGAAAACUUAUCAUGCCGUUUCCGUGAGUGACAGCCAGCCUGCCGCCCCCUCCGGGCCCUGCUUUAGCGGGAGAGCAGCGCUGAGGAGUAGCGGCGGCGGCGGCGGCGAGAACCGAAGCGCAGCGCGGUCAAGGCUGGAGGCGUUAACCGAGAGACCCGGCUACGGUCCCGGUCCCGGUCCGCGAUAUAAUCUGCCAAACUUUCCCUUACAGUCGGUUUGUAGGGCUGAUUUGAUGCUGUCGGACUCUGACCAAGCCUUUGUCCAAUGUGUCGUUAGUCAGCUGCUCCCUGUGCGCUCUCUGGACUGCAGGAUGGCAUGUUGGGUAAACAAGAGCGCCCCGCUGACCCUGCGUUCUCCCAGAAUGAGGACUGAGCUUUUCCACAGAAGUUACUGUGCGCUGCUGCUGCUGACCGACAGACGGCCGAGGUGCCGCCCCGGGGUCACCGUAACCCAGUCCUGCAGCUGGAGCAGCAGCAGCUACAGCCCGGACGUCCCGCUACACAGGAGCAAGACGGCAUACUACGAGAUCCUCCAGGUGUCUCCCAAGGCCACACAGGCCCAGAUCAAGACGGCCUACUACAAGCAGUCCUUCCUCUACCACCCCGACAAGAAUGCAGGCAGUGAGGAGGCCACGCAGCACUUCGCCCAGAUCAGUGAAGCCUACAGCAUCCUGGGCAGUGUGGGACUGAGGAAGAAGUACGACCGUGGCAUCCUGAGUUCUGCGGACGUCCAGGGUGCGGGCAGACCCUCCGGGAAGGAGACUUCAGCCACUUCGCGCACAUCAGGCCCACAGCAUCAGGGGCAACAGCGCUCCCAGCAACGGUCCAACGUCACAGUGGGAGGGAAGCCGGUGUUUGACUUUGACGCCUUUUACCAGGCGCACUACGGCGAGCAGCUGCAGAGGGAGCAGGCCCUGCGCCAGUGGAGGAAGCAGUUCCAGCAGAAGCAGAAGCACGACUUCAGGAAUUGGAAGCUCGGCAAGAUGAUGGAAAUGGGAGUCGGGGUGCUGAUGGCUUUGGGGAUUGCCAUUAUUUUCAGCAUGAGGUCUUGAAAUGAUGGUCACUACCCAAGAGAAAGUAGGCACUGAAUAUCAAAUGGCUCUGUGCUGCAUGUGUGCACCAUGUAGGUCAUGAAAUAAUUGCUUCUGCAGACAAACAGUGCUUUAUAUGUAUAACAAAGAGCUGCUGACCUGUACUGGACACGUACCACACUAUUUGGAUACAGAAGCUGUGGAUUCUUGAUGCACUGCGUAGGGAGUAGGGAGCCAUUUGGUAUUCAGCAGUGGUCUUUAUGACAGAAAAGCCUAAUUGUGGUUCUGUAAGACCUCAGUUUUGGUCAUUUUUCCCUAUAAACUCACCUGUUUGAAAUAACUGCCAGGUUUAGUUUGAGUUUAAGUAAGAAAAUGACCUCUGUUCUGAGCUCCCAGGACCACAGUUGGGCUCCUAUGGCCAUACAGAAGGGGGGGAAAAGAAUAAUUGUGCUUAACAGGAAUAUGAGCUCAGCUCAUUGGCCAAAUAUGGGUGUGAGAUAUUUAAGGGCAAUUCCACCCAUUUUUUAAAAAUUCUACCUAUUUGUAUCGUUGAGAUGUAAACAGAGUCAUUCAGAGUGGUUUGGUGUGAAAUGAUUGACUGUAGAGACUCAGAUUCCACAAAUUACACAUUUUACUCACUAUCAACAACAAUGAAUUUUUUAAUGUAAGGUAAUACAUUUGUAUCGAAAUAGGAAUUGUAGGCCAAUGCCAAGAUCCAGUAUUUUUCAUACUCAUAUCUGCCGAUGCCGAUCCAAAAGCAUUUCCAAAAUGAAGAAAUUGGAACUCGAUCCACCUGGAUUAGCAUUCCAGAGAAAUGUAAUGUCACCUUAAUGUCACCUAAACAUUCUGCUCUUCUAGAGAUCAAUAAAAAUGUCAUCAAACAUCAGUGUAAAAUCAUCUGUCCGAUGAUUUUAUUGAUGAUAUAAUUGUGCAUCCCUUAAAAAAUGGGUACUGUUUUGCAUUACGACAUCCUGCAUGUUCUCUUCCACCCUGAAUGUAUUAAAAUAAUGGUUAGACCAAAAUCUUAUCUCAGAAUUUCCUGUGUUAUAUCUUUCUAUGUGGGAGAUUAGAAGCUUCUAUUCACCAGCACUGUGAACAGUUCUGUAAGUUUCUCUAGAACAGAGCGUUUCUUAUUAAACCACUCUUAAUGACUUUGUUUACGCCUUAACGAUUUCAUUUUGCUGGUAAUAUUACUGAAGUUCUCCUUUAAACCUCCUUUAAGUGAUUUCAAGUUCAUGUAUAGUGACUUCAAUGUUCAUUCUUUAAAGGAGCACUCCUUUAAUGACAGUCAGUAAUAAAAUCAGUCACCACAGAAAUGUGGAAACACACUUAUAAUAGAAGGUAAUGGGCAGGUUGGAAAAAUGUUGGCAUUAUUCUUUUACUCCUAUGAGAUCCAUCAUUGCACCUGCUGACCUAUAACUCCUGUGUGUAAUGCCUUGCAGGGUUUGUUUGAAGAUUUAUACCAAUAUUAUAUAUAAUUAUACCAAUACAUAUAUAAAUGCAAUAUUAAAUAAAUGUAAAUCAAUAAAAUUCUCUUGUGCUUGUGCAACGAUGGGCCUCAUAAAACCUGAUCUCUCUGGAGACUAAUUUUAUUUGACCUCUUGUUUAGGGAUUGAGGUACUAUUUAAUGGCCCAUGUUUGGCUGCUUUGAAAAUCUUGUCUAAAGCUCUAUUUUAAAAGUAGUCCUACUGUAAAACUGUAAAAAAUCACCUUUCGGGGUUUUAGACCCACAUUUUUGCACAGUUUGCACAUUGACCUAAUGACUUCUGUGUUCAGCUGUCGAAGGCAUAAUGUACUGUUGAGUAAUAAUGAGUACUCUUGUAGAAUUUCCUGUGUCCAGGCCAGUCGUACACGACCAUGUCCUGAAUAUUUUGGCAUAUGUUAAACACCACCUCAUCUCAUGACUUGAGGAUCAUGCAAUAAAUUUUUUUAAAAAGCUAUAUAAAAAGCUAACUGUGAGAUCUGGUCUGGCACAGGAAAGUGCUGUGUGCCUUCUCAGGAUUGUUAAAGGAUUUUGUUUGUUUGUGCAUAUAAGAAUCUAGAUAUAUAAAGCCAAAUACUAUUAUUCCCAGUUCAGUAGCAGAAAUAAAUUUUAUGAUCAUGAACUGACAGCAUGGAGAGGUGAACUAUUCAUUAUGAAACCAGUGUUGUUCUUUACUCAGGUUGUUUUGUAUGAAAGGGCAGGCCAGAUUUCAUUUUACGGAACCUGUAAUUAACCAUGUGUCCACUAGAUGUUAUGUGCAGAAGAAGCCAGUUCAUUUGGGUGACUUUCUGUUCAUGCAUAUGUGACACGGCAUGUCUGGUAGUUACCGGAGGCCUUAUCUUAGAAUUCCAAUAAUUCCAGGAUUACUGGAAUUCUAAGCUAUUCUAGAAGAAUUCCAAUCAUUUUAAAAAGAUGUCUGUGUGAUUUCAUCACUGAGAUGAAUGCAGAGUCAUUCAGAGUGGUUUGGUGUGAAAUGGUUCAGAUGUCUUUACAGUGGUGCUGAUAGGAACCAGGGGUCGCCAUGACUACAACACAGAUAUAGCCAUUUAUUUACUGUCCAAAACCACCAGUGUAACUACAUGUGUCUUCUGAGUUUUUAAUAAUAAUGUCUUUAUUUAUGCAAUGUUAUGUAAUAAUAAAGGGUUUUGUUUAAGGUCACUAGUAGACGGACUGCGGUCCGAGUCCGGACCCAGACGCUGUCCUAUGUGAACAUGAACCUGUAACCGAUAAACUAUGGAGAAUUAUUUCAUUUCAAGCAGGUGGUCCUGUUUUAAUCGGCGUAGCUUUUCUAGCCUUUACGGAAGCUUUAUCAGCCCAGGAGACUCACAGACCAAUCACAUGUGCUGUAAAUAUCACACAUGACGCUACUCAGCCAGUCAGAUCUGUGCAUUAUGGUGCACACUGACUUGAGUGAGUGACGCACACACGGGACGGACGAGGCGAGAGACAGCAGUCAGAGAAGAAAGUGAGUCAGAGGGAAGUUAUUAAACAUGGCGUGAUCUAAAAAGAGAAAACUGAGAAUAAAUGUUGUUUAAAUAUGACUGAACUGUACUUGAUUUGAUUUGACAUUCAGUUGUUGACUGUAUAAGAUGUUGAUAUGCCUACUAGGCUACUUCAGGAAACAGUAUAUGGCACAGUAUAGUCAUAAUGCAGGUUAGACAUUAUGAUGUUCCAGACCUUGGCUUGAGGAAAUAAAGACUCCUGAUUUAAGAUAA